AAGGGUAUAAAAAGCUUAUAGAUUUGACUGGUGGGAUGCAAAAAUAAAGGGUUGGGAAGAUAUAAAAGCCCCAAUACAGUAACUCAGUGUCUGGAACAGCCUUUAGCGUUGAAAAACUAUGAAAGUAUCAAAGCUUUUAUAUCAGUAAGGAUAGCAACCCACAGCGAAGCUCUGCAAAAGCAACUUGAAGCUACAAUUCCACCCCCGAAUAGACGGGAAAUCCCAAUGCGAAACCUCGGGAGAAAGUGGCAGUGCGUCAGAAACCGUGGCCGCGCGCUCAUCGUUUCAACCACACAUCCCCCUGUUAGCCAAAAAACUCGAAAGCCAGAAGAGAGCAAGGGAGCUGGGCCAGCUGGCACACAAAGCGGAACAAGCCACCGAUUGAUUUUUCUCGAGCAUUGAAAACACGGAGAACGGAGCACGGAAAUAGGAACAAACAGCAGUCCCUGCAGCAUUUCCAUAUGGAAAUGAAAACGGCGGAGGGCCAGGAGGCCCAGGAGCCCAAGGACUCCUCCUCCUCGACGGUCGAAGGCCAGCUGCCAGCUGGUUCCUCCGUUUCUGCCGAGGAUGAGGAAGCGGAGGUCGAACAGGAGCAGCAGGAACUGCUGAGCGAACGCUGGUCUCCGCUGGGAGCCAACUACGAUGAUGCAAACAGCGCCAGUUCUGGCGUGGAUUGCGAACUGGAGCCAGGACUGGAGAAGUCAGAAACGCGACGAGGAAGCACUGGCAGCGAACUGGCUCGCCUGCGGAGCAUCGAGGAGGAGCAGGAGCUGCUCACCAGUUCCUUGCUGGCCCUGACCUCCCAUUUCGCCCACGUCCAGCUGAGAGUGCGGCAAAUUGUGGAAGCGCCGGCUGGUGAGCGGGAUCAACUGCUUCGCGACCUCGAAGACUUUGCCUUCCAGGGCAUUCCGGAGGCAGUGCAGCCCAAGGAGUCGCAGCCAGAGAAGGACUCCAUCGAGGGUGAAAAGGAAGCUGGCGCCGAUAGCCAGCUCAUUGAACAACUGAAAUCUCAGCUCACGGAACUCGAACAAAUCGCCUACGAAGCUGGAGAACCUGGAAUCCUGCCGCAGCACGUAAUGCUCGAGAAGCAAAAGUUCAUCCUGGACGAGCUUCGCUCCAAGCUCAAUCUCCAGGUGGAGCAACACGAGCUGCCGGCUCUCAGCACGGAGCAGCUGCGACACCAGGUGGACAAUGCCAUUGGCGAGUUCGUGGGUCCGCUGAAGAUGAAGGAGCAACUGGUGGCCCAACUGAAGACGCAGAUCACCGACCUGGAGCGCUUCAUUGCCUUCCUGCAAUGCGAUGUGGUCGAGGGAUCCGUUGGGGAUCGAUUGAAACUCCUGUCCGGGGCGUACAAUAGCUACGCGGCCAAGCAGACGGCCCGCAGUUCGCAGGCAGCUUCAAUUGCUCCGCCGGGAGUGGCCAGCACUCCUGCCACGACGGCAGCUUCUCCUCCGUCCUCCGGACUGGGUUCCCACUCCCAUUCCCCUGGCGAGAGUCUGCACAGCAAGGCACACGGCCUCCUGGACAAGGCCUCCAUCCUCAUGCAGAUGUUUGCCAGCACGCACCUGGCGAAACCAAGAAGCCACGACGAAUUCCAGCAGAACUUGCUGAAGAAAACGCACAAGGGCAACCACUGGGGGGAUCUGCGUGCCCAGCUGGAGGUAGACAUUCAGGAGGUGGCCGCACUAGCCGCCACUUUGAGCUGCGAUCGCGAAAAGUUGGCCAAUAUCAAGCGGGCUCUGCGUCAGCAGCAACAACAGGCGGAGUCCACCUCCUCCUCCGCCGUGGGUCAUCCGGUUAUCAAUUCGCAAAACGGAGCGCUGACCACCUUGCCGCCUCUUUGCCGGAGAGCAGUGCCAACCGGUCACGAACUGGCACCAUAUGCAGCUGGCGGAGCCAUAUCCUCCGACUCCGAUGAGGACAUCAGCUACUCCAACUUCGAGUGGGAGAAGGAGGGCAAGAGCCGCCGAAUGGCGCACAUGCGCGGUGACUCGAUAGCCACAAUUGGCAGGGAAUUGACCACGGUGGUGCGAAAGAACUUUGCCCGCACUUUGCAGCAGCUAAUUCAACAUGGACUUCGCAUCCCAGCGGAAUCGGCUGCCUCCAGUUUGAUGGUGCCCUUCAUGAGGUGUCUACAUCCGGGACCUCCGGUGAUUCCAACGGCAGGUGGAGGAGAUUCGCAGUUCCUCGGCUUGGGCAGGGCCAUGCAUGCCUGGGAACUUGUGUUGGCUUAUUAUAGAUUAAAGCACGGCGAGGAGUACAACAAUACGCCCGCCCGUAAGUUGUCGCAGAGCUUCCAGCUGGACAUCGUGGACGCCCAGGCAGUGACCGCCAAACAGAGUUUGCUCAGCGCCGUGGGGAUGAUUUUGGCCAUGCACCGCCCCUACAAACGCAGCAACAACGCCCACUUCAAGGCCUUCGUCUGCGCCGGACUCAACUCCCGUCUGUUGGUAGAGUGGCUGAACCUGAUGCUUAGCUGCCACGAGUUGGUGGACACGUACUACUCGGCAAACAGCUAUGUAGCCCGCACGGGAUUCCGGGAUUCGCUGCGCUCCAUCGACGCUCUAUCUCGAUUCGACUUCGACCUGCCGGUGGACCUGGCCAUCCGGCACUUCCGCAACAUUUAGGCGGCUGACUUGUACAUUUUUGGCUUAGACUAGCUCACACUAUUCAAUGUCCAAUGGGAACCUUAGUCCAAAUCGUAUUCUCUCUCACUUAAUGUAUAAACUUGUGUAUAUAACUUUAGAUAUGUCCAUUAAAUCAAUUGCUAAUCCUAACGAAA